AUGUACAAGGCCUCAGGAGAAACUCAAGAUAACAUCGUCUUGGAAGAUCCUCUCAAAACUCAACACCAUGACGCUUUGCAUCCCGAUCCUGAUGAAGAGCUUUUAGAUGAACUUCUGUUUAAUAAUGAUAGUGCCUCUAUUGCUGCUCGACCACUGUUUUCCUCAUUUAAUCUUCCAACCAAGCCAUCUUCUUCAAGCCUAGUGUAUGAUUUUGGGCUCUCCUCUUCUUCUUCCAAGCUUGUUGAUGAAGAGAUCAAGAUUGAUGAUCAAGCUCAAAUAUAUCUUGGAGAUGAAACAUAG